AUGACGACGCCAAUUGAGGAGAAGAAAGAUGAAAAAGUUAAAUUGUUGGUGUUAAAGGACUUCUGUUUGCAGAUUCGCACAGGCAUGGUGCAGGUGUCGGACGGAAAGUCGCGACCGCGACCCGCGCGGCUUGUGCUCACGAUGGAAGCGGUGACCGUGCAACUAGAGAUGCCCGUUCCCAUUCAGCCACCCAAAGACAAGACCGUGCCACAUGCUCGGGAGCGUAUGGUACAAAUAACGCGUCAGAAGGUGGGCGGGCUGGGACUGAGCAUCAAGGGCGGCGCCGAGCACAAGCUGCCCAUCCUCAUCUCCAAGAUCUACAAGGACCAGGCUGCCGACCAGACGGGACAGCUAUUUGUUGGAGAUGCUGUCAUUAAAGUGAACGGCGAGUACAUAACGGCAUGCAAACACGAUGACGCCGUGAAUAUACUGCGCAAUGCCGGCGACAUCGUGGUGCUCACGGUGAAACAUUACCGCGCCGCCACACCGUUCCUUCAGAAGCAGGCGGACGGAGCGUCUGACACGGACAGCAGCACCGGCGACGACCACCCGUCGCUGCACAACAAGCCGGUGGACGCGAACUGCAACUCGGAGAGGAGCGCCGAGCCCGAUCACCCGGCCACCAACGGCGGGUGGCAGGUGGCGUGGGAGGGCGACGAGAUCAGCCGGCCGAGCAGCGCGGCGGGUUCCAUACGCGGUUCCAGACCGUCCUCUGUGGCCUCCGACCGUCCCUUGUCGUUUGUGGGCGGAGAGGUCCUCAAGCAGUGGACUGAUGUUGUUUCUGUGCCCCUCAUGAUGGGCUACGUGACGCGCUACGUGCACGGGACGGACAAGCUGCGGCCGGGCGCCUUCGAGGUGCGCGGCGCGCGGCCGCCCGCCAGCACCGGCGUGGUCCACGCCGACGACCCCGCGGCGCUCAGCCACUGGCUCAAGAGCAUCUCCGACAACAUCGUCGGCCUCACCAACCUGCAGAUGAAGCUGCUGAACCGGCACCUGUCGGCGGGCGAGCGCAUCGAGUACAUGGGCUGGGUGCACGAGGGCGUGGUGUGCGGCGGGCAGCCCUACCAGCUGUACCGGCCCAAGUUCCUGGUGCUCAAGGGCACGGACGUCAUGCUGUUCGACGAGCCGCCGGGCAGCGUGGCGGAGCUGGCCAAGUGCCCCGAGGUGCUGAAGGUGUACCAGACCAUGUUCCGCACCGUGAAGGAGAGCGAGACGGUGGACUGGCGCCAGCACUGCUUCCUGGUGCAGAGCAGCGGCGGCGGGCCGGCGCUGGCGCAGCAGCCGCGCUACUUCAGCGCCGAGACGCGCCAGGACCUGCUGCGCGUGGAGCAGGCCUGGACGCACAACAUCGUCAACUCCGUCAUCCGCCUGGGGAAGAAGACCUUCACGGUGGUACACUCCGGACGAGCAGCAGGGCUCACGCUGGACUGGGCGGCGGGCUUCAGCCUGAGCGAGGGCACGCCCGGCGCGCCGCCCGUUUGGGCAUAUCGAUUUUCUCAACUUAGAGGCUCAAGCGACGAUGGAAAGUCAAAACUAAAGCUGCACUUUCAAGAUUCCGAAACAAAAGUGAUAGAAACCAAAGAACUAGAAUGCCAGAUCCUCCAAAGCUUGUUGUUCUGCAUGCACGCCUUCCUCACGGCGAAGGUGGCGUCGGUGGACCCCGCCUUCCUCGCCUCCAUCCACCAGGCCCAUUGAACGGCAGGGACUCCGGUUACGUUAGAUCAGGUUAAAUUACUUUUAUCCUAGGGUAUUUCGCCGUACCCGUAUGUAUCGAAAAGCAAGUAUGUAACAAUGCCAUCGCAAUGACAGACAUACUUAUGUAAGUCAGUGUCCAUGAAUUUCAGUUCCUAGUAUUCAAAGUAAUCAGGUGUUAUGCUUUCGAUUAAUAAAAUUAUGGCCUGAUCCUGUUUAAAGUCGCUUUUUGUUAUUGAGAACCUAUGAAGGUUUGUUUCUGUUUGUCAAAUGAUAAAUUUUAUAAAAGGCCUAAAAAUUAUUUGAAACAAAACAGCGAAGGUUGGAGACUUUAGAUUUUAAUAAUUAUCACUGUUAAUUCUCCUACAGAUCUAUUUUCGAAUCUUCUCUAUUGUUACUAGGGUUUGGUUUCGUAAAAAUGCUUUUUGAGAUACAAUUCGAUGCUCUAAAAGUAUUUCCAUGAACUACUCCUUGUCUUCCUUAAUAUUUAAUAUUUUAAAUUAUCUAUUUUACUCCUUGCUUGACUAUUUCUCAAAU